UAGCCGCCCAUCUCUCUCCCCCACCGCUGCUCCCUUCCGGCCGCCGUCGACGACCUAGGUUGUUGUCUCGAACUCUCGAUCUCCGACGAUACCAUCCAUGGCGGCGCCAGCUUCAUCACCCGUGAUUCGCCUCGACGCGGCGGCGGUCGACCCGGCGACGGUGGCUUACCUGCGGGAUCUCGUGGAGCGGCUCGAGGGGAAGUGCUAUCACCAAGCCAGCGACGUUCAGAUCUUCGCCGCCGACGGCGAUGCCGAUCUGUUCCGCCUCCGGCCGGAGCCGUCGCUGCUCGCCGGCGUCCCCGAGGUGGUCGUGUCGGCGAUCAACACCCUGGAGGAGCUCCUCCGCAAGGGGAGCCCUGCGCUGGCGGCGUACAGGCGGCACGCGACACGGGUGAGGCGCCUCGAGCUGCAGGAGGCCGCCGACGCCGCCAUGGACGAGCUGAUGUCGGUGAACGACGUCAUCACCGACCUCCAAAUCGCCUUCCGGGCCAAGAGGGCGCAGCUGGCCGCCGCGCAGCAGGCCAAGGGGCAGAUCGCCGCCCAGAUCUUCGCCGUGGUGGGCGCCCCGGCGACGACCCGGGACAGCCUCGCCCGCGGCGCCGCCGCGCUGGCGUCGCUGCUCCCGUGGCUCGGCGCCGCGCACGAGAGGGAGGCCGAGCUGGAGAUGGCGCUGGGCAGGAUGGCGCCGUCCUUCGCCCCCCUCAACUGGAACCUCGAGGUGGCCACGCAACGCUUCGAGGCCGCGGAUGCCGUGGUCCACGCCGUCCCUCACGUCGCCGGCAGCUGGCGCGACGACGUGCAGGUCGUCCGCGAUGGGGGCGACCGCUUCGAGGAGAGCGCGAGCGUCCUCCGCGAGUACAUGGCGUAGCGCGAUUCUGGAUUCGGAAAAAUAGUAUCAUAAAAAUGUUUAGGUUUAAUUACUUCGCUUGUUGUCACUUUAAUUUGCAGUUAUCUUAGACUUUUGAAAUGUAUCAACUGAUAUAUGUCAAUGAAAAUGGAAUAAUAAAAAUCCUUACUU